AUGGCUGAAGUCGGGGUGGACGAACUUUCUCAGCUUGAAUACUUGUCUCUGGUUUCUAAAGUCUGUACGGAGCUUGACAACCACUUGGGAAUAAACGACAAAGAUUUAGCUGAAUUUGUGAUAAACCUCGCCGAAAAGCAACCUUCAUUUGACGGAUUUAAAUCUGUUUUGCUUCAAAAUGGAGCCGAGUUUACAGACUCUCUCGUUGGUAACCUGCUCAGGCUCAUCCAAACAAUGCGUCCGCAGUCCAAAGCUUCCACAAGUAAAGUUUCAGUCCCAGAUGUUGUGGUCAAAUCCAAGUCAGAAAAAGACCGGCUAAAGGAACUGUUUCCAGCCCUGUGCAGAGCCAAUGAGCCUGAGCCAAAGAAAAUUCUUGAUGAGGAAGAUGUUAAGAUCGCAGCAGAAGCGAUGAAGGAGCUGGAGAUGUUCAUGCCCAGUGUCAGCACGGUCAAACCUGAAAGCAAAAGCAGAGAUAGAAGCAGACGCCACAGUCGAAGCCGCAGCCGAAGCAGAGACCGCGACCGACACAGAGAUCGGGAUCGGGACAGAAAGAGGAGACAUAGGUCUCGCUCCAGGUCCAGGUCACGCUCCAGAGACCGAGAGCGGAACCGCGACAGGGAUAGAGACCGUGACAGAGACAGAGAUAGAGACCGGGACAGGGGGAAGAGGAGGGACAAGUCGUCUCGCUGGACUGACCGCUCCCCGAGCCCUCGCAAAGACGACAGAGAGUGGAAAGACAAACACGUGGAGCGCCCUCCGCCUGAAGAGCCCUCUGUCGGCGACAUCUACAACGGCAAAGUCACCAGCAUCAUGCAGUUUGGGUGCUUCGUGCAGCUGGAGGGGCUACGGAAACGCUGGGAGGGUUUGGUCCACAUCUCUGAGCUGCGGAGAGAAGGUCGCGUGGCCAACGUGGCGGAUGUCGUCACCAAGGGCCAAAGAGUCAAGGUCAAAGUCUUGUCCUUCACCGGCUCCAAAACCAGCCUCAGUAUGAAGGACGUGGACCAGGACUCCGGAGAAGACUUGAACCCGAACAGGAGGAGGAACAUGGGCCCAGACGGAGGUGACGAGACCUCGAUGAGAAAUCCGGACCGACCCAGCAACCUGAAUCUAGGCCACGCCCCCGAAAUGGAGCAGGACGACACGCUGGAGCGCAAACGGCUCACCAAAAUCUCUGACCCGGAGAAAUGGGAGAUAAAGCAGAUGAUUGCUGCCAAUGUUUUAUCUAAAGAAGAGUUUCCAGAUUUUGAUGAUGAAACAGGAAUUCUUCCAAAAGUGGAUGAUGAAGAAGAUGAGGAUCUGGAGAUUGAGCUUGUGGAAGAAGAGCCUCCCUUCCUGCAUGGCCACACCAAACAGAGCAUGGAUAUGAGCCCUGUGAAGAUUGUGAAGAACCCCGAUGGCUCGCUGUCACAGGCCGCCAUGAUGCAGAGUGCUCUGGCCAAAGAGCGGCGUGAGCUGAAGCAGGCGGCACGAGAGGCCGAGAUGGACUCCAUCCCCAUGGGCCUGAACAAGCACUGGGUCGACCCGCUGCCUGAUGUUGAUGGGAGGCAGAUUGCUGCUAACAUGAGAGGCAUUGGCAUGAUGCCAAACGAUAUCCCAGAAUGGAAGAAGCACGCCUUUGGGGGAAACAAGGCCUCAUACGGAAAGAAGACCCAGCUCUCCAUCCUGGAGCAGAGGGAGAGUCUGCCCAUCUACAAACUGAAGGAGCAGCUCAUUCAGGCUGUGCAUGAUAACCAGAUCCUCAUUGUCAUCGGAGAGACGGGCUCCGGAAAAACCACCCAGAUCACACAAUACCUGGCAGAGGCGGGCUACACCAGCCGAGGGAAGAUCGGCUGCACCCAGCCGCGUCGUGUGGCCGCCAUGUCUGUGGCCAAGAGGGUGUCUGAAGAGUAUGGUUGCUGUUUAGGUCAAGAGGUUGGAUACACAAUCCGUUUCGAGGACUGCACGAGCCCCGAGACUGUGAUCAAAUACAUGACAGACGGAAUGUUGCUGAGGGAGUGUCUGAUCGACUCUGAGCUGGGACAGUACUCUAUCAUCAUGCUGGACGAGGCUCACGAGAGGACCAUCCACACUGACGUCCUGUUCGGCCUGCUCAAGAAGACCGUACAGAAGCGCACAGACAUGAAGCUGAUCGUCACGUCGGCCACACUGGACGCUGUCAAGUUCUCCCAGUAUUUCUACGAAGCUCCCAUCUUCACCAUCCCAGGACGGACGUACCCCGUGGAGGUCCUGUACACCAAGGAGCCUGAGACGGACUACCUGGACGCCAGUCUGAUCACCGUCAUGCAGAUCCACCUCACCGAGCCGCCAGGUGAUAUUCUGGUGUUUCUGACCGGUCAGGAGGAGAUCGACACGGCUUGUGAAAUCCUUUACGAGCGCAUGAAGUCUCUGGGGCCCGAUGUCCCUGAACUCAUCAUCCUGCCGGUGUACUCUGCUCUGCCCAGUGAAAUGCAGACGCGCAUCUUUGACCCGGCUCCUCCAGGCAGCCGCAAGGUGGUCAUCGCUACCAACAUCGCAGAGACCUCUUUGACCAUCGACGGAAUCUAUUACGUGGUGGAUCCCGGGUUCGUGAAGCAAAAAGUGUACAAUUCCAAGACUGGCAUUGACCAACUUGUAGUCACUCCCAUUUCACAGGCUCAGGCCAAGCAGCGGGCGGGGCGUGCCGGAAGGACGGGGCCAGGGAAGUGCUACAGAUUGUACACGGAGAGGGCGUACCGAGACGAGAUGUUGACGACAAACGUGCCCGAGAUCCAGAGAACCAACUUGGCCAGCACCGUGCUCUCGCUCAAGGCCAUGGGCAUCAACGACCUCCUGUCCUUCGACUUUAUGGACGCCCCGCCCAUGGAGACUCUCAUCACAGCCAUGGAGCAGCUGUACACCCUGGGAGCGCUGGAUGACGAAGGGCUGUUGACAAGACUUGGGAGGAGGAUGGCAGAGUUCCCUCUGGAGCCCAUGCUGUGUAAAAUGUUGAUCAUGUCCGUCCAUUUGGGCUGCAGCGAAGAGAUGCUCACAAUUGUGUCCAUGCUGUCGGUGCAAAACGUCUUCUACAGACCCAAGGACAAGCAGGCAUUGGCUGACCAGAAGAAGGCAAAGUUCCACCAGCCCGAAGGCGAUCACCUGACUUUACUGGCCGUGUACAACUCCUGGAAAAACAACAAGUUCUCCAACCCCUGGUGCUACGAGAACUUCAUCCAGGCCCGGUCACUGCGCCGCGCUCAGGACAUCCGCAAACAGAUGCUGGGGAUUAUGGACAGGCACAAACUGGACGUGGUGUCCUGCGGUAAAGCCACCGUCCGUGUUCAAAAGGCCAUUUGCAGCGGUUUCUUCAGAAACGCAGCCAAAAAAGACCCACAGGAGGGAUACCGCACCCUGAUCGACCAGCAGGUGGUCUACAUCCACCCCUCCAGUGCGCUCUUCAACAGGCAGCCGGAGUGGGUUGUGUACCACGAGCUGGUCCUCACCACCAAAGAGUACAUGCGGGAGGUGACCACCAUCGACGCGCGCUGGCUGGUGGAGUUCGCCCCCGCCUUCUUCAAAGUGUCGGACCCCACGCGCCUUAGCAAACAGAAGAAACAGCAGCGUCUGGAGCCGCUCUACAACCGCUACGAGGAGCCGAACGCCUGGAGAAUCUCCCGGGCAUUCAGACGCAGAUGA